AUGUGUGUUGGUCAUGUUAAAAAUCAAUCAUGUCUUUACAAAAAUUUAUAUUAUAUUAAUAGAACAUUUUGGAUUUUAACAACAAAAAAAUUAUCUAUUCCAUUACCAAAUGUACGUAUUGGAGCUAUGGUUGGAUCAUAUGUUACUUUUAAUCGUCGUCGAUUUUAUACUUAUGCUGAUCUUGAUGAAUUUAUUCGAAUUAAUGUUAAUCCCAUUGUUAUUCCACAUUUAACAGUUCAUUUCGAACAAUUAUGGCUUAUGAAUAUUGGACAUGCACUUUUUGAUGGAUUAUAUCCUGCAUAUGUAGCUCUUAUUCGCUUCUCACCUAGACACCUUCAACCAUUUCGUAUAUUACUUGGUACUACUGGUAUUAAUGAUAAUCAUUCAUUUAGUGAUAGUGUAUAUAAUCGUUUUGCUGGAAUUGAUACAAUGAAUCUUACGCUUUUAGAAGAUAUGUCAAUUGGGAAAUGGUUUGCUUUUGAAGAAAUAAUUAUUGGAAGUGGAGAUAUGUGUCAACGAUGUCUUCAACCAAAUCUACAAUUGCCAGGUGGUAUUGAACUUAAUGGAUCACGUCUUUUUCGAGAUCGUAUGUAUAAACAACAUGGACUUAUACCACCAAUUACAAGACAUAAUCAUUCUGCUGAACGACGUCAUCCAAUGACACCACUUAACGCUGUUUUUAUUAAUAAUAAACGAUUUACUACUCGAGAUAGGAUUGAAAUCGGUGCUGCAAUUGAUGAAAUUAAUAUGUAUACUGAUACUCAUCGAAAUCACACAAAAUUAGAUUGGCCACUUGUUUACGUCUCAUAUGUCAGUUAUUCUCAGAUAUCAACUGAAAAUAAUGCUCGUCUUCAUUGUAACUUUGCCAAGAAUAUUGACAAAAUGACAAUGCAUUUACAAUUAUUAAAAAAUAUUGAUAUUCAUAUUACAGGACCAGGUACAGGACAAAUGUAUCAAACUUUUCUUUCCGAUGGAUCAGUUAAUAUUAAUUUGGGUGGGUUAAUUCAAAAGAAUUCUGACACUACUACACUCGAGAAAUAUACAUCAUUUAUGGAACAACAUAUGACUGCUGGUACAUCGUAUAUUAAAGGACUUUAUUAUCCAAUUAAUGAAAGACCAAAAGGUAUUAAAAGAGAUAUAGUUAUCAAACUUAUUAGAAAAGCAGCACAACUUAUUAUAGAUGGAUUUGCAUUGCCAGUCAAUUCAAAAGAUAAUCUAGCACCAGAUGGACAACUAUUUACUGAAAUGUGUGAAAUAGAUAGAAAUUUCUGUAUGACAGUUACAGAGAGAUGGCAAAUGAGUAAUUUUUGGUGUUUUGUUACAUGGCCUGAAACGAUUAUUUAUGAAACUAGAGCAUGGUCAAAGGAAGGCAUCAUUGAUUAUGGAAAAAAUGUUACUUGUCCAUACAAUAGAACAUUACUAAAUCAAUUAAGACAAAAGUAUAAUAUUCAUUUUUAA